UUGUGAUGCAGGGAUUGUCAGGUGGACAGGGGGUGUAUUUUAGUGAGCCAUUCACAUGAGGCUUUUGAAUACAUAAAUCUUUCACUAAUAACCAUAAAGUGCUUUUUCUUUCCCUUACAUCGCCAUUGUUGCUGCUCUCGCUGAUUUCUUCUCACCUCCAAGGUACUGUAAGCUGCAGACAUGUCUGAGGGACCGAGAAAGCCAAAGUAUUCAGCAACGCGCCGGCUGCUUUUGAAGUCCAAACUGCUGAAGAAGGCAGCGGCUAUGCUGGUGGCUGAAGCUGAAGAAAAGAAACACGAGAAGGAAAGAGUUGUGAAUGCGUCUUUCCCUCCACUGAAGAUGGCAGGUCUGUCAGUCCAGGAGCUCCAGGACCUUUGCAAAGACCUACAUCGUAAGAUCGACGUUGUAGAUGAAGCUCGUUAUGAUAUGCAGAUUAAAGUAGCCAAAAAUGAUACAGAGAUCCAGACGCUGAAUCAGAAGAUUAUUGAGCUGAAGGGCGUAAAGAGGCCCAGCUUGAAGCGGGUGAAGAAAACCACAGACGACAUGCUGGGUGCAUACACAGACACCUCCAAGCUCAUGAAGGCUGAUUUCAAGGCCAACCUUAAGACAGUGAAGAAAGAGGAUGAAAAGAGGGAAGAAGUGACUGACUGGCGUAAGAACGUGGCGGCCAUGUCUGGUAUGGAGGGCAGGAAGAAGCUGUUUGAUGCCGGCCAAUAAAAAGAAUCACAUUACAGGAUGAAACAAAACUGACUUUGUAAAGAACGUUGUCAACCACAGACACUUGUAAAAGAUUAAAUAAAUGCACUUUUAUUUUUGAUCAUACUGUAUUAAAAAUAGUUUUAAUCUUGCAUUUAUGUAAACUUGUAUGUAAAAAGAAAUACCUCUGUAUGCCAUGAAUGUAAUAAUAUAAAGUGUAUGGUAUACAGUACUCUCUGUAUUGUGCUAAAGAAAAGGGCUUGGUGAGUCUCAUGAGUUUGUCCUUUAAAGUGCAGUCUUUGCAUUAUACAGACGAUGGCGCUGUCUCACUAUCUGUAAUACAUGUGAUGCUGAUUAAACAACCAUAAUGACAU